CGCGGUACACACACAUAAGCAAUCAUUGUCAGCUUCUUAUUUAUUUCUUUCUUGGCUCUUCAUCAUCUCGCUCUGUUCACAAACUCUUUAAACAGAACAAAAACAUUUAUAUCAUCAAGAAAUGGGAAAGAAAGAUGAGAAAGUCGAAGCUGUUCUUCAUAUACUCUGGAAACAAUCUCCACUCACUCUUAAACAAGAGAAGUUCUGUAACAAAGAGUGCGUGGAGAGAUUCUUGAAAGGGAAAGGAGACAAUGUGAAAAAAGCUGCUAAGCAACUAGUUUCAUGUCUUUCUUGGAGACAAGACAUUGAGAUUGAGCGGUUAGGGGCAGAGGAAUUCUCGACGGAGCUAUCUGACGGUGUAGCGUACAUCGCCGGCCAUGACGGAGAUUCAAGACCCGUUAUAAUGUUCCGUUUCAAGAAUGAUUACCAUAAGUUGCGUACUCAUAAGCAAUUUUCGCGUUUGGUGGCGUUCACGAUGGAGACUGCAAUAUCGAGCAUGUCCAGAAGCGCGGAACGGAGCGUUGUUAUUCUCUUCGAUGCAAGCUUUUUCAGCUCAUCGUCUGCAUUUGCAAAUCUGCUUUUGGCGACCCUAAAGAUUAUUGCAGAUAAUUACCCAUGCCGACUUUACAAGGCCUUUAUCAUUGACCCUCCCUCUUUUUUCUCUUACAUUUGGAAGGGUGUACGUCCUUUCGUGGAGCUAUCAACGCUCACAACGUUGAUCUCUUCGCUAGACUAUGACGAGCAGCUAGACAUCAGCCACGUUUCAUUAGCAUCAUCAUCAUGUCCUAGAUCCGCCUCUCUACGUUUCGAUGCAUCUUCGGUUAAAUCAACGGCCACGAGUGGUUCAGCGUCUUCAAGAUUCGCCUUCACCGUAUCUCAUAACUCCUUGAAACCGUGGUACCUUUCAUUCACCGACACGGCUCCUCUUAACGCAGCAGUCUCAACCGCAGGCUCUAAAGUGUCUCCGAUCAGCGUGCGGUCGAUGUCUUUCGCGUCUCCCGCGGCGCGUGGCUUAAGAGACGCGAGACAACCCGCAUGCAUGAGAAAGAGUGUGUUUCCCUCGACGCCGUUGCCGGAGAAAACAUACCGGAAAACACCACGUCCGUCGUUCUUUCAGUCUCCGGCGAUGUUUUUUCGCGGGGAGAAAAAUGUGGGCGGAGGCGAGAAGUCAUCACGUGAAGCGUUCGUACCGUAUCUGAAGUUUUACCGGAGACCGUACGAUGAGACGGCCUAUAGGUCGAAACUAAGGGGUCCACGUGGAUUUGUGUCGGUCGUGUCUUCGCACGUAAGAUGUCGUCAUGCGUCUUUAUCUCAACGGUACUAGCUAGGCUCUAGCUAUAACGUUAAAAUGAUGAGAUCGAGGAAUAAAGUAUAUACUAUUAUUAAUUAGAAAGUACUACAUUUAAUCUGUUCCACCACUCUAUAUUGUAGACUAGCUGCUUGAUUACGAUGAUGAUAU